UUGAAUAGAAAAGCAGAAAGGUUCGGAGUUCGGAAUACAAACAGAGAUGUCAUCGUAUUAUUUAACAUACUAACAUGGAUUAAUUUCAUUCUAACUCUUUACUAAUAUUUAUUAUAGCAUGGGGAUAUUAUAGGCGGCUGAUAAACUAUGCCGUCGGUGCUUUUUUGUUCUAUUUUCCUCGUGGUGGCGGUUGGUCGAGGUUGUUGUUUUGGUGCCCCUCUAGAAAAUCCGUUUCCUUUGGGAACGGUUGGUUGUUUAUUUACAAGACAUCUCUGCAGUACAGAAGAAGAAUGUAUAGAUGAUUUAUUGUUUGGGAACUGUCAGAAAGGAAGCAGUUUGAAAGACUACUAUCGUUAUCAACUUAGCCCACAAUACUUAGAAGCCUUAGAGGCCAGAACAUGGGGACUCGUAAAGAAGGGGUAUUCAUGGGGAGAUCCCUAUACUCAGUGUACGCUACAGAAUGCUCUGUAUGCAUUUCGUCACCACCAGUCUCCACGUUACAGCAUCUGUGAUGAAUCAGAGACAGACAGUAAAUCGGAAGCUGUGGAGAGUGAAAUCUCGGCUGUUUUAGAAAAACUGUUUGAACAAUAUUAUGAUGAAUACAAACGUCCUUCAUCUAUACCACAUAGUAAUUUAGGUUUUCCAAGUAAAAGAGAUGAAAUAGUUUAUGUACACAAGUAUUUUGACAAAUCACCAAAACCUUACACUAAGAAAAAUUACUGGACAAAUUCUAACUACCUCGGAGACAGUGAUGACAUUUAUUAUGAAGACACGCCAGACUCUAGAAUAAGUUUACAAGAUGUCAAAAAUUUGCAACAGUAUUUUCAAGAUUUAGAAGAUUUACAACAAGAGAAAGAUGAUAAAUUUUAUACUCCUGAGACAGAAUCUACAUACAACACGCAUAACUUGAUCUAUGGAGAUGAAUUGGGACAGUCUAGUGAAGAAGACGAUUCUAGUGCUGUUUUCAGUGAUCUGCCAGAAAAAUACAAAACAAUCCUAAAAAGAUUAUUAUCAGGGGAAAUUGGACCGGACAGUUUGACAGAUGAACAGCUGAAUUUCUUAGCAUCUUAUGUCAACUCUCGGCUUAAAGAAUUUGGAGUUUUAGGGAAAACAGACGUGUCAGACAGCCAAGACAAAUCCCUUGAAAAUACAGAAUUUGUGCCAGAGCAGUCAGAGGAUUCCCGACAGGAAGAUGUUAAGAACCUUCAGAUGGCCAUGGAAUCUGCUAUGCAGUCAGCUAAGCAAUCUCAGAUAUCUGAGGACAGUCAGACACAACAAAGUGAUGCCCAAAUUAAAGAAAUGCUGCUUAAUGAAGAUGAAAGAACCAAGAAGGUCUUGGGAAUUCCAGUUGUUGGUCCAUCAAUGAAGAAGAGUUUUCCAAUGGAUGGUGAUGAAAUAAAAAAAGAUAGCAAUAUAGGUCAACCACUUUUUAGGACAGAUGAAAUGUUCAUGAAGGUGUCUCAACAGUUGGAUACCUAUGAUAUAACAAAGUUAGUGUUGGCUAUCUCCAAUGUUACCAAUGUAUCACCUGAACCUGAAACUGCAUUUAAGGAAAUCAGAGAAGAUAAAAGUAGAAUAUGGUGGAAGGUUGAUCCUGACUUUACCAAUGGUAGAGAUGCUGAGGCUGUAGUUAAGGAAGCUGCACCAAAGAAAGAUGAGAUCUUGGCAAAAAGUGGUCUUACUGGUGUAGAGAUUCUACAGAUAGGUCUUGGCAAUGGGAACCAGGAUGAGCUGAAUGUAAAAGAUGAUCGUUAUUUUGUCCUCACCUUUGUCUUAUGUGGAUGUAUUGCUGGCAUACUAUUGGCUGUUGUGGUCAUUUACCUGAUCCGACGUCACUCUCGUUCAAAAGAAAAAUUAGCCCAGCUUGCAUCUGUAUCUGAAGGAACAGAAGCUUCAAAAGACUAUCAGGACCUAUGUCGCCAGCGUAUGCAGAGUAAGUCAUCAGAGAAGCCUGAGCCACUUCAUGCAGCCUCCAGAAUUGGUAGUGUGUCAGAGACCCAGGUCAGAAGUCCAUCCAGUCGAAGUAGUACAUCAUCCUGGAGCGAGGAACCAGUGACCUCAAACAUGGACAUCUCUACAGGACAUAUUGUUUUGUCUUACAUGGAGGACCAUUUGAAGAACAAGGACCGAUUGGACAGAGAGUGGGAGGCUUUGUGUUCUUAUGAAGCUGACCCUGCCAGUACAAAGGUGGCUAGUGACUCUGCUAACUCAAGAAAAAAUAGAUACAGUGACAUAUUACCAUAUGACCACUCCAGAGUAGUGCUGUCUAAUGCCAGUAAUAUCACCAGCUCUGACUAUGUCAAUGCUAGCAGUAUUACUGACCAUGAUCCUAGAAAUCCAGCCUAUAUCGCUACACAGGGACCUCUGCCUCAUACAGUGGCUGACUUCUGGCAGAUGGUAUGGGAACAAGGCAGUGUGAUAAUUGUUAUGUUAUCAAAAUUAACUGAAAAUGGUGAAGCUAUGUGCCACCGAUACUGGCCAGAGGAAGGCAGUGACCUGUAUCAUAUAUAUGAGGUUCAUCUUGUGUCAGAACAUAUUUGGUGUGAUGAUUAUCUGGUUCGUAGUUUCUACCUUAAGAAUCUGCAAACCAAUGAAACAAGGACAGUAACCCAGUUCCAUUUCCUGACCUGGCCAGAUUUGGGUGUGCCCAGUUCAAUUAAAGCUCUCUUGGAUUUUAGAAGAAAAGUAAACAAGUCAUACAGAGGCCGUUCCUGUCCUGUAGUUGUACAUUGCAGUGAUGGGUGUGGUAGGACCGGUACUUACUGUCUUGUAGAUAUGGUUCUCAAUAGGAUGGCUAAAGGAGCCAAAGAGAUUGAUAUUGCUGCUACACUGGAACAUAUCAGGGAUCAGAGGAUGAACACGGUCAAAACUAAGGAGCAGUUCCAGUUUGCAUUGGCAGCCGUUGCUGAAGAAGUCCAUGCCAUUUUAAAGGCACUCCCACAGUGAAGACCUCUCUUCAAUCUGAUUGGAUGAAAAUAUUGAUAUUAUAUGUACUGAAUUUACAUAUAACAUUUUGGGUGUGAAUCUCAUGUUGUUUAGUGUCAAAUCAGAAUAAACAUUUUCACAAAUAAAAUCUAACGGAAUCUUUAUUCUGAGCUUUAAAUCUUAAUUUAUAUUUUCUUCUGCUCAUUUUGUAUACCAUUUACAAAUUUAAUUUAUUUAUGUCAUUUUUAUUUGUUUUAAGGGAUUGCCUAGGAAAAUGAAGUUCCAGUUUUAUGAUUUUUAUAUGUUAUAUAUAUAUAUUGUAAUGAAGCUAUAUGUGGAUAUCAAAUUUACUCUGGCAACUGCAAUCCAGAGUUUUAGGGACAACUAAUGGUUUAAAUAGUAUUGGAUUCAACAAUGACAUUUACAAGCAACAUUUUGAAAGUAUAUUCAUGAUGUUUUUAGCAUUUAUUAACAAAAAUAAGUCUUGUUGCCUGUAUUUAUGAGAUAUAUAUAGUUUAAAGACAAAUUUAUAUAUUGAUGUUUAUUAAAUUCUAUUUAUAUUUUAUUUUGAAGAGCUAUUUAUUCUUUACAUAUUUAGUUUUUAUUGUGCUGUGAAAGCAGUUGUGAAUAA